GGCCCCUCCCCUGGCGGCCUCCCUCCCCCCGGGGCCCCCUCGCCCACCACAGACCCCCCUCUCCCGACGGGCCCUUCCCUCCUCCCCACAGAUCCCUCCCCCGCGGCGGGCCCCUCCCAACCACAGACUCCUUCCCGCGGCGGCCCCACCACCCAGUGUCCAAUCCCUCCCCCGGCCGCCCCUUCCCCGCCCCAGCCCCUCCCGGAAGCGCCGGCGGAGCGUCCCCGCAUGGCGCGCGAGCAGAGCGCCUCGGAGGCCGGCCCUGCGGCGGCCGCGCUCUUCGCCUGGGGUGCGAACAGCUAUGGGCAACUUGGCCUUGGCCAUAAGGAAGAUGUGCUUCUGCCCCAGCAGCUGAAUGACUUCUGUAAACCGAGGUGUGUCAGGAGGAUCACAGGAGGAGGGGGCCACUCUGCUGUAGUCACAGAUGGAGGAAGCCUUUUUGUUUGUGGCCUGAACAAAGAUGGGCAGCUGGGGCUUGGUCACACAGAGGAUGUCCUGUAUUUUACCCCCUGCAAAUCCCUCCUUGGCUGUCCCAUCCAACAGGUGGCCUGUGGCUGGGAUUUCACCAUUAUACUCACAGAAAGUGGUCAAGUUCUGUCGUGUGGAUCUAACUCCUUUGGCCAAUUAGGAGUUCCUCAUGGGCCUCGAAGAUGUGUAGUUCCCCAGGCCAUUGAGCUCCUGAGAGAGAAGGUUGUUAGUAUUGCUGCUGGACUGAGGCACGCUUUAGCUGCUACAGCAAGUGGCAUCGUGUUCCAGUGGGGAACUGGUUUGGCAUCAUCUGGACGGCGGUUGUGCCCUGUGAAGACUCUCCCACUGUUUUUGACAGCAAAGGAACCGAGCAGAGUGACAGGCCUAGAGGAUUCUAAAGCGACGUGUGUUGUUGCUGGCUCCUGUCACUCAGCCUCAUUGACAGCUGCAGGAGAGCUGUAUGUUUGGGGAAGCAAUAAGCACGGGCAGCUGGCUUCCCAGGCUGCUUUCCUUCCUGUGCCCCAGAAAAUAGAAGCGCCUUGUUUUCAGAAUGAAAAGGUCACCGCCGUCUGGAGUGGAUGGACACACCUAGUUGCUCAGACAGAAACUGGCAAGGUGUUUACCUGGGGCCGUGCGGACUACGGUCAGCUAGGGAGGAAGCUGGAGUCUCAUGAAGGCUGGAAACUAGACCAGCAGGAUUCAUCCCUCCCCGGCCUGAGACCACGGAACAGCACACUUUCAUCUCUGCAUUGCUUGACGGGAGCUACUGAGGCCAGAGCUUGUUUGCCCACACUGAGGCCAGCUGGCCAACCACUUCCUUGGAGCAAACCCCAUCACUCUACCUACAAUCCCAGCACCUGCUGGUCUCACUCACCCGGUCAGGUGAGGUCAAGAGCCUUCAACUCCUCUCUAUUUUUCCAGCUACUGGCUUCUUUGCAUAGGCUUUCCCAUUUAGCCUGGGGUUGUAUUUUCCAUGUUUCAUUGAAACUGUGGCCAAGUUCAUUGAUGGAAAAGGGGAAAGGUUCAGAGUUGCAUGUACAGUUGGAAAGUCACCAACCCUUCACCUGCCUGGGAGGUCCUGUCUGCCUGCCUUAAUGAGGGUGGUGGAGU